CAAGCUUGACGGUGUUCGUAGAUGUCAAACAGCGGAAAGUACAAUACAGUAGAAAUUUAGCAAAAGUAAAAUCCUAUUGUACUGUAUCGAAACGGUCUCCUGUUUUCGGCUCUCUAUUUAGUGUUUAAUGCAGUAAUAUGUACAUUUGAAGCAAAGUCGAGUUUUUCAGCUAAGUAAAAAAGUGACAAACGCCCUAAAACGCAAUCGUAAGUAAAACUUAUCUUGUGUGUUCAUGCGAGCAAGAAGACCCCGAUUUGGUAUGUUGUGCAUGCAAUUUUGUACAGUGAUUCGACACUGCAAAAGAAAGAAACUCUCGUUUUAUCGCCCGAUCCCCGAUGACGAACGCAGCUGCAUGGUACGUACGCAUGAGUUAGUUUUCUUACAUUUUCACAGCCAACGCAUUACAGUCUAUUGUAAUCAGUAGCAGAAAGAGACCUCACACAAACGCUGUCCCGAAAGUACAGACACUGAAACCCUCGAUCCCACAUUUAUUCCAAGAGAAAUAUGGAAAACUUAUAUACGUGGCCGAAAUCGUGUGAUUCUUAGUCCCUCGAAUGGCUUUCCACACUGAUUGUACUGUAGCGAGUGCAGUUUGAACAGGAGCGAAUCCUAAAAUAGAACAUUGCGUAAGCAACAGAAAACGAAAACUGAGAUGUGCCGUGGCUGAGAUGCUGCGUGAAUGCAUUGCUGUACGUCGAACCACAACUGAGGUAUGGGACAGUUUUAGCAAAUGAAACUACUCUUUUUAUACGCGCUAAAACUCGGUCAUAGAAAACCUUGAAACUCUUAUCACUAUCAAUGUUGUAGGACUUUUUUCACCUCAACCAUUAUCUCCGCUCUCUACCUAUCGCGCAUGUUUCUCACCACCAUAGGGGUGGUGCUUUCUUAUCAGUUUAAAGAAAUGUCGUGAACUAAUGUCUAAGAAAAAGACUUCAAUGCCCGGUAUUGCCCUAUGUUUCGUGAGGGCAAACGAGCCUCGAUUCGGUGGCCAAGGGCUAGGUGGCCAUUUUAUAAUCGGGCUUUAAAAAAAUAACUUGUACGCUCGAUGUCAUAUUGAUGCCAAGCUUAAUUGAAGAGCGCAGCCAAGUGCAAACUCUCGCCUUCUCGUCGAAUCUGGAGAGCAAACCCAGAUUUGAGGCUUUUUCACUAUAAUUAACCUUUUAACGGGAUAGAUUUAAUUAUCGUUUGAUUGAAUUUUUCUUAGUAUGAAUUAAAAUUUUCAGAUGUAUAAAUACAGGCUGUCCCCGAGAUACGUUAUUGAUCUCGAUUCUUUCACCUGAAUUAAAAGCUAUUAUUCAUGUGGGUAGAGUAUAGAUGUUCGCAAUAUUUGUUUUUUCCCUAUACGGCAUACGGGAAUGUUGAUUGGCAGGUCCUGGGAAUUGAUAUCGGGCUGAACGUGGUAUUUGUUUGAUGUGAAUCUGCUGUAAUGAGUUUACAAUUUAGCAUUUAUUUUUAUUUUUUUUUAAAUACGAUUAAAAAAGGAAUUUAUUUUGCAUUUGAAAAUGAAUGGAACAAUUUGUAAAAUUUAGACAACCAGGUAUCACUGAACCUCUCCGUAUCCGUGCUGCUUGUGUAGAGAGAAAAUUUAACUACAGCCGUAUUCAAUUAAGGCCUGAAGUAAUUGUGGAAACAAUACUUUAAACUAAUGUAUGAUGCGUUGAACCUAUGGUGAAAAUAAGGCAGUGUUUGAAGUUAGUGAAACAGGUGAACUAAAUAGAGUUUAAUUAUACAUAUCAAAUUGUACUUUAAAAAUAAGAUAAUUUGUAAAAUGUGUUGCUGUACUACCUACUUACAAAACAAUCAUUGAAAGAAUAGAUAAAAUUACUGCUGAAGUUCGUUGCCUAAACAGCACUAGAGACUUGGUUUAGGUAAUCGGCACUUGACAGCUAUUUUCUACAUGUGUCACUGCUAGAAAAUAGUAAGCGAAUCGUUAAAGAGUUUUCCUCUAGUAAAUCUAAAGAUACGUUCUACAUUAUCGAACAACCUCAAAACCUUACAAAAACCUCACAAAAUGACACGAUAGGACAUACUUUCUACUGCAGUUAAGUUUCUUCAAGCGCCUCCGUAUCGAAAGUUGAGAAAAGCAUUGUGGGUAUUUUGUGCUGUUGGAAUAAAUUGAUGUCACCACCAAGAGACGUUGCAGUCCGCGUUGAGGCACGGAACAAACAGAAGGGAACCGUUUUAUUAAUUUAUCUAUCGCUACCACUUAAUUAAACAUAACACAGUUCGCCCAACGCUGUUGCACGUUUACACGCAUACAAAUGUGAAGCAGGCGAAUCAAACAGGGUGGUUUAUGUUUCCUGAUGUAUUCAUACAGUACCAGUGUUGGUGCGAUCGCUUCUGCUUAUCAAUGUAAGCAAGAAGCUCUUGGAAAUGCACGUUUUGGGUAUGAUAGUAUGGUGGUACCCGAGUUGUACCGGCAACACAAAUUCAACCAGCCAAAUACAGCACAAGCAAUCAGAGGGUUGCCGCAGACCCGCCCGGACUCAUCAGAAGUUCUUCUACGGGGUGGAAUGAGGUGUGUCGUUGCACCACCACAAUGCUGAAGGUCGCACAUGUGUUAUCUUCUCCGACAGCAUGGAAGAAAAGUGGCGAAUGGCUUAUCUUGGCCCAAGGGAAUGAGUUUCUAGACGAAUGAGAAUCGAACUAUUGCUGGUACGAUUGCCCAAAAAGUGUGCGAUCGUUUAUACUGUACAACAAUAUUAGAUUAGUAUGAGUCACUUGCGUACUUGCGGAACGCGUAUGCGAGCGAUAGUAUGCGCUGUACACAAGGGAAUUAAAACAGCGCACACAUAUUCUUACACAAUAUCGUAGGACAGUUACCCAGAGAACUAGCUGGCAGGGAAGUUCCUUACAGCUCGUAAAGAUGAGCACUGUGAGUUCAAUGUGCGGUCUUAGACGAAUCCGUGUCGCUUUAAAAGAGGCGGGAUGCUUAUUUUUACCAUUCUGAGCACUUUGGUGAGAAUGGACUCUUGCUCCAUUUGACGCUAUAUGUUGCCUUUUCUCCAGUCCGAGAUUCUCUCUCUAACUUAACGCGAAGCGAAGAGUGCUCGAUGUGUGUGAUAGGACUAUGCUGGUUUCAACCAACUCAUUCGUUUGCGCUCAGUUAGGUCGAUCGGUUGGACUUGCAGUGUACGCAGGCAUGCGAUUCGAACAGUAAAGCAUGAUCAUGCGGUCGACUUUUUGCAGAAUAUUAGCCGACUUCUUUGAAAUCAGUACAUCCCCUAAAUGAAAAUAGUGUUUGGAUACGUCUUCCCUACUAAAUGUUUCAUUAUCCCAAUGAUGCAGCAAAGCUCUCACGAAGCAUUGACAAUGUAAGUGUGGUCAUUGCGCAUGGUAAUAGCCUAUAUUGAGCAGUCUUUAAAGGAAGGAAGACAGGAAGAAAGGAAGAAAGAAAGACAUAUAACGCGACAACGGAUGGUAAUACAGGUCACCGAAUGGGUCAAAACGGUUAAAGGCCAAUCGUUGCGAUCUGAUCGAGACGAAACGUGUAGAACACACAACCGAAGCGUCAGUCGUUGAAAUGUGAUGCAUGCAUAAUAUCUAGCUAACCUCGUUCAUCGACACCGAGAACAGCGCCGGAAACAACAAUUGGUGUGACUUAGUCUUCGAGAAGCGCAUUUGGAAGCAAAGCAAAGCAGCUCCAAAAGAACAUAACAACCAAAGUUUAGUCAAAUGGUUGUAACCGCGUAGAAUGUAGAACAAGUCCGUUAAAUAUUAGAAAUGGCAUCGUACCUAGCACACGGUGUGCCUUUGUAUGUCUAAACCAUUGUAUUUCUUAACGCCUUAAGCCUAGUGGUGUGUGCAAACUGGUGACAUAGCAAGCGCGCCCAAAAGACCAUGUGUUAGUGUUAUAGCGCCAUAUGUGAUCUCUUCCUUUCUGAUGGUGGUGGUGGUGGUAAUCUAUUAGGUGCAUUUCUUAAACUAACGCUGCUGAUGGUGAAGGUGAUACGGCUCUUAUCAGUAAGCUCGAAACUCUUUCCACUAACACGCUAACGCGGUGGACACUCUUACUUGGUGGUGGUGAAAUACAUUUGUGUUACUAACGAAACUCAACAAUUUCGAAAACGAACUACGUGUACGUGUAUGCACCGAUCGCCUAUUAACACGAUUCGAUAAAACACAAACUUCUCUCCCCGGGAGAGCAGUUUGAACGAAGCGACAUCGCGUCGUGUUUGUUUCUUGUGAGUUUGCGAUAGUUAACAGCGACGUGAAGUAUACCGAUUACAAACCCGGCGUACGAAGGGUGCACACUGUUCAGCCAAUAGUUGUUAUCGUGCGAAACGAUGAAGAAAUCAACGCGACAAACUCGAAUGUCCCGGUACGUGGGGAAGCAUUCGCCUAAAAUCGCAUCUCCAGAAGAAAGCAACAAUAAUAUCAACAUCAGCAAGAACCCGAUCGAAAACGUCCCGAAGGUAAUCAGCGGUGAUGAAGUGAUGAGCGAUCUCCCUUCGUACAUUGUGGAAAAACCGAAUGGAUACGACGAAUCAUCUGCGGAUGAUGAGGAGGAUGAUAAGUCGAUAGUGAAGAAACUAGUAAAUGCGUCAGUUGAUGCCGGCGAGGGACGAGACGGUGCAGAGUCCGGUAGUGGCACUGAUGCAUCCGUAUCAUCGACCGGUGGGUCUUCGUCAUCGAAACGUGGCCGAAAACGUCGUGAACGGAAGCUGUAUCAGUGCGAGGUGUGUCAAAAGGACUUCAUGGGCACCAACGAUUUGCGCAAACAUUUGCGAAUACACAACGACGAACGGCCGUACCCGUGUCCACACUGCAAGAAUCGCUUCCGGCAGGCGGGAUGCCUGAAGAAUCACAUCGCCUCGCAACACGGCACGGACGAGCAGUAUACUUGCGACCUGUGCGGCAAAUCAUUCCCGAUCAAGGAGCGUCUACGGUUGCACAUGCGUAUCCACACCGGCGAAAAACCAUACAGCUGCUCGCUAUGCCCAAAAACUUUCGCACGUGGUGGUCAAUUGACCCAACAUCUUGCUACACACAACGGUGUGAAGAAGCACAAAUGUGACCAGUGCACGGCAGCUUUCUCCUGUGCGGCUAACCUGAAAAUGCAUCUUAAAAGCCACAUGGAUAUUCGUGACUAUACGUGCCAUAUCUGUGGCCGUGGAUUCUAUAGGCCAGAUGCUUUGAAAAAACAUCUGCUUUGCUAUCAUGCCAACCUGAAGGCAUUUCACUGCAGCAUUUGCAAUAAAAUGUUUAAGGGCCAUUUACCACAGCACAUGCGAACGCAUCUAAAAGUUCGUCCUCACGGUUGUGCUGUAUGCGGUUCGGUGUUCUCUCAACGUUCGCAGUUGAUCGUUCACCAGCGAAUUCAUAGCGGUGAACGUCCCUAUCGUUGCCAGGUUUGCUGGCAGGCGUUCGCACACUCAAGUGUGCUGAAGCUGCACAUCCGUAAACACACUGGCGAAAAACCGUUUGAAUGUCCGCUUUGUUCAUCAAGCUUUUCACAGCUACCACAUUUAAAGAAGCAUAUGCUGUCUAUACAUCAGCAGGACAAAUCGUACCUAUGUCAAAAGUGCAAAGAAUUUUUUAAAACCAAGAUGGAUUACCAAUUACACGUUACGGCGUGUUACAAGGAUCCGGCAGCUGUGAAAAAUCUCGACAAUAUGAUGGAUCCAAUGUAUCGACCGACCGAAAACAAUGGCGUUGAUCCACCAAUGACUAUUUCUAGAAUGCGUUUUCUAGUGGCCAUUUUGUUGAAGAAAAUUUCUAAUGAGGAUCGGCUGAAGGAGCUGGGCUUCGAUAAGCGAUUGAUUGACAAUGUUCUCAUUGAUUCGUUAAAAUGUGCUGGCCGAAAGGUUUGCGAUGACAAAUCGUAUGAUCCUUUGGAACGAUUGAAACUAAACGUACAGGAGCUUCUCGAAUGGACAGUGCCGCCCAAUUACAUGGAAGAGUUUCGUGGUGCCAAUCGUAGUACGGAGGAGUUGCUUGAAGAACUAACAAACUAAGAUCGUCCCUUCGUUCAUUUGCUUUUUCCCGGAGGGAAUUUUAUGUUUUUUUUUUGAAUUAUUCUAUUUUCCAUGCCCCAUUAUGAAAUUAUUGAGAAUUUUCCACAGAUAAAUGGAAAUUUACAUUCUUUCUUUCUUCUAACCUAUCACUGGUGGUGGAGAUUUUUUUUAAAAUAUAAUUUGUUAUUUUUUUCCUAUCGUUGCCAAUUAUUAAAAAGAGCCGUAUAGUUGUAUUAAUAAUUUCUAAAGAGUGUGGAAUUUGUAAAAUGUUGAGUAACAUACUAAUAUCUUUUAACUCUUCGAACUUUCUACUAACACGAACAAAAGCAAACUAUUUGUGGGACUUAGCAAAGCAUGGUACAACAAGAACGCACAAGCCAAAAACGUAAAAAAACAAACAAACAAACAAACCAAUGAAUGCGCACACAAACGGUGCAUAAAAGCCAUGCCAAAAAUGUAA